UUUUCCUGAAUGUUCCACCAGCGCCUUUAAAUGGAAAGAGCAGGGGGUGAAGUGGUGUGUUCCUCUCCAGCAGCUGAUACCAUCCAUCCUAAAAAUAGAGCCAACCACAGACAUACUAAGCUCUCUCCAGUCAGUUCUCUCUUCUUUAAAACUAGGUCUUCUUUUUAAAAGUAAAGAAAACCACAUAAUCUAUUAACCGUUUAAAUAUUUACACCGGGAACUACAGGAACAACUCUACGGGACUUAAAAAUGCCAAAGAUUGUGAGACCAGAGAAUUGUCAACCAGCCAAAACACUGUGGUACGACCGGAAAAAGUAUUUGACUAUCAACUUUGUGGUUCAAAACCCCAAAGAUGUUCAAGUAGAUAUCCAGGACACGAAAAUAAUUUUAAGCUGUAAAGACAUAGAUGACAACAAUAUCUACAAUGAGAUUGAAUUUUAUGACCGAGUAUUUAAAUCUGAUUCAAGGGAGAAAGUCUUUGACCGGACAAUUAAUGUCUUGAUAAGGAAAGUGAAGGAAAAUGUGGCAUGGCCUCGGCUCCAGAAAGAUCUUGCAAAGCCCGCAUGGCUGUUAGUAGACUUUGAUAACUGGAGGGACUGGGAACAUGAAGAGGAAGAGGGCAUGGCAGAAUAUGAAGAUUAUAUGGAUAUGCUUAAUGAAAUGAAGAACAAAGGAGAGCCUCCUGCCAUGGAUGACCUGGACGAUCUUAGUGACUGAGUGUGCACCAAUGCCCAAGAUGAGCCAUUACAGUUUUCUAAAAUGUUAUAUGAGCAGUAAAGGCCAAGUCACAUUGCCCUGAUAAAUUAUCAUUAUAUACUGCCAUUGAGAUUGUGAGCUAGACUUAUAUGUAUGACAUAGAUGUUUUUUAACCUUUAUUUAAUUUUAUUUUGUUUUUGAUCUUGUUUUUAAUUUUAUUUAUAUCCUUGCAAAACAAAUCAUCCUUGCAUUGUCAGAAACUACAUUCGAUGUGUAUUUUCUCUUUGUGAUUUUAAUGAUGUUUUUCAUAUGCUGUAUAUGUAUGUGUUUUCUAUAUUAAAGGGUUCGAAAUCUGUAA